UUAUAGAGACCGCCACCGUCACACCCAGAUAAUCCCACGGUCAACAACAGGACACGCGUAAAAACCUGAGCUGAAGCCGGUUGCGCAAUGAGUAAUGAUAUCAAAAAAAUCCGGUAGAGUCAUCACUUUCCCUCUCUUCACAAAACAAACUAGACCACCGUUCAUGGCCUUCUCUUCUGCUUCUUCUUCUUCUUCUUCCGCCUUUCUCAUCACAUCCCUCUCUCGUCGCCACUAUUCUCUUUUCCCGCAUUCCUCUCCUCCUUUUCUCUUCACUCACUCCACUUCUCUCCCAAGACUCGCCCCAAUUCACUGCACUGAAAGCAAGAGCAAACCCCUUCAAGUCACUUCAAGCACUACUAAUUACGACCCCAAAGCCGGUGUCUCAUUUUACAAGCCCAAGUCUUAUGAAGUUCUCGUCGCUGACGCUGCCAAUUCUCUCUCUUUCGCUCUUCAAGAUGGCAAAACCCGCUUGGAAAUCGACUUCCCGCCCUUGCCUAGUAACAUAUCCUCUUACAAGGGAUCUUCAGAUGAGUUCAUAGAUGCCAACAUUCAACUUGCCUUGGCUGUUGUUAGAAAGCUCCAAGAAAGGAUGGACACCCGAGCUUGCAUUGUAUUUCCUGAUAAGCCAGAAAAGCGCAGGGCCUCUCGGAUUUUUAAAGCAGCUCUUGACUCAAUUGAUGGUAUCACCAUAGGUUCCCUGGAUGAUGUCCCUAGCAGCGGCGUCAAAAAUUUCUUUAGCUCUAUAAGGAACACCCUGGAUUUUGAUUUUGAAGAUGAUAAUGAAGGUCGUUGGCAGUCUGAUGAGCCACCUACACUGUAUGUGUUUAUUAAUUGCAGCACUCGUGAACUUUCUGUUAUAGAGAAGUAUGUGGAAAAGUUUGCUCCAUCAACCCCAACGCUUCUUUUCAAUCUUGAACUGGACACUCUACGUGCUGAUCUAGGCCUUCUGGGAUUUCCGACCAAAGAUUUGCAUUACCGGUUUCUUUCUCAAUUCAUCCCUGUGUUUUAUAUCCGAAUCAGAGAGUACUCAAAGACGGUAGCAGUGGCACCUUACGUCAUAAAUUACAGUGGAGCAUUAUUUCGCCAAUACCCUGGGCCUUGGCAGGUGAUGCUUAAACAAUCAGAUAACUCUUACGCUUGUGUAGCAGAGAGUGAAACACGGUUUACUUUGGGUGAAACCAAAGAAGAACUGUUGAGGGUCAUGGGACUCCAAGAAGAAGAAGGAAGUUCCAUUGGAUUUCUUCGCAGAGGAUACAAGAAUGCUACUUGGUGGGAAGAAGAUGUUGAACUAGAAUUAUCUUCUGCUUGGCGUAGUUAGGCAACUGCAGGAGUACUGGCCACAUCUUAUUGAAAGAUAGAUAAUAUUCUAUAGCCACAGAUCUGAAAAACGCUUCAAUUUUGUGACAACACAAGUUCUUGUUUUACAUUGUUGUGACGACAGCAUUCUUUUAUAUGCAACUCUAUAUUCUUUUUGGUGGAAAUGAUAUAAUUCUGGUAGUAUGUGAAGGUAAUCUUGUUUCA